CACACACACACAUAUACACACACACACACCGCUGGGGGCGCAGUACGUAGACGAGCAGCUGUUCGUGUUUGGUUUGUCGUCCGUUUGUUUAACGUUUUCUAACCGUUGUUUUUAACGGUCCUGUCUCCAUGGCGACGCGCCGGUUGGUGGAGGUGUACCUGGACCUGCUGUCGCAGCCCUGCCGGGCGGUGCACAUCCUGCUCGGCUGCAACAAGAUCCCGCACACGGCCCGCACCGUGGCUCUGCGGAGAGGAGAGAACAGGACACCAGAGUUCACGAAGCUGAACCCGAUGCAGAAAGUUCCGGUUCUAGAGGACAACGGGUUCGUCCUCACAGAGAGUGACGCCAUCUUGAAGUACCUGGUCACUAAGUACAAUGUCCCGGAGCACUGGUAUCCACGGCAACCAGAGAGACGAGCCAGAGUGGACGAGUACACGGCCUGGCAUCAAACCAACACACGACCACACGCUGCAAAAGUGUUUAUACUGGAGGUGCUCCUCCCGGCUCAGUCUGGUUCUCCUGUGGACGAGGUGCGUUUGAUUCGUGCUCUGUCUCAGCUCGAUGACACUCUGGAGAAGAUGGAGUCCAUGUUUUUGGGCAGACAGCCCUUCCUGUGCGGUGAUGACAUCACUGUGGCCGACUUGCUCGCCGUCUGUGAGCUCAUGCAGCCGGUGGGCGGGGACAGAGACGUCCUGCAGACACAUCCUCAGCUGCAGCGUUGGAGGAGCAGAGUCCAGGCUGCCGUUGGCGACUCAUUCGACCGAGCGCACGCCGUGCUGUAUGCUCUGCGAGACCGCCGCAAAGCAAAGCUGUGACAUCACCACAGAGGGACCGCCCACAGGAUGAUGUCACACAGAGGGACGGAGCCAAGAGACACCUGGAUGAUGAUUGGUUGUUUCAUUAAUCUUCAAAUCGAUAAUUGGUUGAUCAGUUUGAUCAUUUAUUGGUGCCUUCCUGACCCUCAGGUGUGUCAGCCAAACAGGAAGUUUGCCGAUGUCAUAAUAUUAAUGUCCAAUCAGCUGUCAGCACCUGUGAUCACAUGAUGUCACUUUAAAUGUAAAAAUUUUUAAUGACGAAUAAAGAUUUAUUUUAAUUAACA